AUGCGUCGUUCGCUGCUGCACUGGCUUUUCGCCGCGGCCGCGCUCUUCGCGGGACAGAUAGCGCUCGUCCGUGCAUCCUGGGGCGAUGAUCCGCCAGGCGGCUUCUCGGGGCGGCGCGGCAGGGACCUCCUGCGGUGGUCCUUGCCCCCCAACGUGAACGAUCCCGACGCCCUGGUGCCGGGCGGGCCGGUGGACUGCAACACGUACAACUUCCAGGACUUCAGCUUCAACCAGAUCGACACCGUCGGGCGGUUCCCCCCCAAGGAGCUCGCCUACCAGCCGCGCGCGGGCAAGUCGCGCGCUGAGUUUGCGCCCUUCAGCCGCAAGGACGACCUCGUCUUCGGCGACAACUGCGUCUACACCCUCGACCUCAUCCGGGCCUCCUCGAGCGCCCCCUCCCUCGAGGCUGUGUGCCUGAAGGACUUUCAGGACGCGUUCGAGACGGCCGUCCAGAUCCGGGAGGACCAGUCGAACUUCGAUGCGAUUUUCAGUCUCACGGACAAGACUCUCAUCGAGGAGUACAAGAAGGAGCGCGAGGAGACGCGCCGCGUGCUCGCGUUCGAGGCCGAGGGCCUCGGGCAGUUCUCGUACGAGGGCGAGCGCAUCGCGUGGGCGCAGAAGGGGGUCGAGUCCAACGACUACGUGGUCAAGGCCUGGGACGCGUUCCGGCUCCGCGGCGUCAAACUGUCGCUCCCGCAGGCGCCCGGGGAGUCGCACAUCCAGCCCGCGAUCUGCGGCGACUGGGUGGCGUACGUCAAGUACGACGCGGCGGACGCGACCAGCUCGCUGUGGCUGUACGAGAUCUCGUCGGAGAAGGCCGAGGCGAUCGGCGUCGGCGGGACGAACGGGCGGAACUUCCUCGCGCCGUCGUUCCACGUCUUCGGCGACGUCUGGCCGCUCGACGCGUCCCGGUCGUACUUCGCCAUGGCCGCCGAAUUCAACGAGACCCGCGGCGACCACAUCGAGUACGGGUGCCGGCUGUCGUGGGUCGAGACGCAGCAGGCGCUCGCGUUCGACGCGGCCAACGGCGACCUGACGAUCGCCGGCGGCACGGGCGCGACGGACGCGGCGGUGAAGGUCCUGGACUUUCCGCAGCGCACGUGGCACACGCCGAUCGAACCCGCGGAGUGGUCGUUCACGGCCGCCGGCGCGGAGUUCGGCACGGGCGAGGUCGACGGGUCCGGGUCGUUCAACUACAACUCCCUCGUCGGGAUGCGCGUCUCCGGGGACUACCUCAACCUGCUGGUUGCCGCCACCAACGGGGCGGGGGCCAUCGUGCGGACGCGCAUGGCGUCGAUGCGCGUGGCGCGGCGGGUGUACGCGCCCCGGGCGGAGACGGACUCGUCGCGGGCGCUCAUGCUCGGGCAGGCGUCGAGCCACCACCAGCUGGUGUGGCAGCUGCGGCCCGACCAGCCAGGCGACCUGCUGACCGUGUUCCACGUCAUCAUCCCCGUGCCGGCGAACGACGAGGAGCAGACGUCGUUCUGCACCGUGCUGCCGUCCGCGCAGAGCGGCCACGUCGCGAUCUUCCGCGACAUUGUCGCGUGGGAGACGCCGGACGAGGCCGGGGGCGACGGGAUGCGCGUGCUGCUGAUGGACGUGAACAAGGACAACGACGUGCUGCCGGACGUCACGGACUGGUUCCCGAUGAACGGGCAGUUCUGGGGCGACCGCGACAACGACGGCAUCGGCGACGCAGCCGACAUUGUGCAGUCGCUCGGGUCCUGCCGCGACUCGGACUCGCGGGGCAAGUGCUGGUCCGACAUCCAGAUCCUCUACACCGUCUGGGGCGGGUACGCGCUGAUCGUCUUCCUCGUGUGCUUCUUCGGAACGCGCUGGUAUAUUGGCAAGAAGCGCAUCAUCCGCGCGCUCGUUGCCGGGAACGUCGACCUGACCAGCCCCAACCCGACGAAGCCGAUGUACGAGGACGACCCCGACGGCACCGCGGACCUCUUCGUGUCGCCCGCGACGGAGAAGGAGCUGGAGGAGCGGCGCCGGCGGGCCGAGGCGGGGCUGCCCAUGACGGCGGACGUGGAGGCCGAGGCCGGGAAGGGCGCGGGGGACGCGACGUCGCACACGGCGGCGACGGGCAUGACGCACGCGGUCGAGGCGGACGAGGCGGACCCGGCCGCGCCCGUGGUGCUCCCCGAGGGCAUCCAGAAGGACGCCAUCACGGUGGGCAUGUUCUCGCUGGUCGGGCAGAUGCUCGUGCUGGCGCUGGCGAUCGCGUCGCUGGUCAUGGGGAUGAUUCCGUACCUGAGCACGUCGGCGAUCGCGCUCACGACGGAGGCGCGGUUCAUCUGGGCCGACUUUUUCAUCACCUACAUCUUCCUGGCGGACCUGGUGGUGCGGUACUGCACGCGGAACCCCGCGCACACGCCCACGCUGCGCGCCUUCCUGAAGAAGAACUGGACGGACGUGCUCGCGCUGUUCACCGACAUCCCCGGCGUCACGGGCGUCGGCGCUCUGGGCUUCCUGGUGCUGACGCGCUUCCGGCACAUCGUGCGGCUGUUCCGCAUGGCGCGCAUCCUCAAGGUGUUCCGCGUGGUGCGCGCGUACCGCAAGGUCACGCGGCAGAGCGCGGUGCUCGACAUCAUGAUCAACCGACCCACGCUCUUCAUGGGGGUGUUUUUCGGCAUCAUCCUGUGCCUCGCCGCCGCCGUGAUCAAGAUCCUCGAGCAGAACUCGUCCCCGGACUUCGGGAACUUCCUCACCGUGCUCUGGUUCACCAUCGUGACCGUCACGACCGUCGGUUACGGCGACUUCGUGCCAGUCAGCCACGGCGCGCGCGCCAUCACCGUCAUUCUGAUGUCGUUCGGGAUCGGCCUGGUCGGCAUGCUCACCGCGACGGUCAUCAAGGGCGUGCUGCUCUCGGGGCAGUCGUCCAGCAAGGCGACGCGGCGCAAGCGCGCCAAGCACAACCGGCUCGAGAUGCUGCGCGCGCACGCCUCGCGCAUGUCCGUGGCGUACAACCCCAUGGUCAUGUCGUACGCCGACCACCUGCAGCGGUCGUGCGCCUCGCGGCUCAGCAUGGUCGACAAGAUCGACCCGAUCCAGGAGACGGGCCAGCACAAGUCCCACAUGCUCAACUCCCUGAUCGACCUGGAGGACGAGCUGCUGAUGCCGGUGGAGGAGCUGAUGAUGCAGGCGACGGGGAAGUUCCGCGGCAUGCAGGGUAACAUGAUGCAGCAGACCGCGGAGCAGGAGGAGCGGCAGCGGCGCAUCAAGGCGCGCCGACAGGCGCUGAUGCACCUCAUCAGCUCGGGCGCGGCGGCGAGCGUGAUCUCGCCGGUCGCGAAGCUCCAGUUCGUCCUGCAGUUCUUCAAGCUCGACCAGGGCAAGGAGGCCGUCGGGAAGGAGGGGAAGGACUUCAACAUCUUUUUCGACGAGCUGCGCGAGGUGCUCUUCGGGCCGCUGCGCCCGGACGACCUGUUCGUCGCCAAGGCGCUCGGGCUCGCGAUGGCCAUGAACGACGACGGCACGCUCCCGUCCGGCACGCGCCCGGACCUGUACGACCCGCUCGACAAGCGCCUGGUGCGCCUGGAGGAGCUCCUGAAACGCUUCCACGUCAGCAACCGGCACGACUACCACGAGAUCCUCCUCGAGCUCACGCUCCUGACCGUGAUGCACGACCGCGUGCGCAACGCGCAGUACGCCAUGCGGUGCCUGACCUUCGUCAAGGACAUGGAGGGCACCGAGCGACCCAAGCCGGCCAUCCGCGUCUCCGAGCAGGCCGGGUCGCAGUGGUCGCGCGGGGACCUCAUCCCGGAGUUCAACUUCGUGUCGCGCCGCACGGACGACGCCAGCAUCGUCGCGAUGUACCGCAAGGAGGCGCGCGACCUGGCCAAGACGGCGGCGGAGAGCAGGAUCGCGCGGCGGAGCCUGGCGCAGCCGGCGAACGGCAACGGGGCGCACACGAUGCGGCGGAGCGACGACGAGCGGGCCGGCGGGACGCGCAAGUCGCUCCAGGACGAGGACCCGCUGAAGUCGGUGCCGAGUGGGCACAAGGCGGUGGUGUGGCUCAAGUCGCUGAGGCCGGGGCGGCGGAGCACGAUGCAGCGGGAUAGCGGGCGCGAGGGGCACUACGACAGUGCGGGCGAGGGGUCGCGGCUGUCGCGGCGGGUGCCGCGCGUGGUGCGGGACAACUCGUUCCAGGUGGACGGGGACGAGCAUGCCGCGCGGGAACCACGCAUGCGGCAGAGCGUGGAGCAGGCCGCGCAGGACCUCGCGAAGAUCGGCGUGCACAUCCGGCCGUCGCUGGACGGAGGCGGGUCGCGGGCGAGCAACAGGGGGGCGGCGUCGUCUGCCGGGGGGAGCACCCGGCCACCGGUGCUGUAG